CGGAGCGAGCGGCGCAGUGAAAUAUGAUCAGUGCAGCAGUAAAGCCACUCUUGGCCAGGCUCAGCUCUUUUGGGUCAGGGAUGCGCUGCACAAACAAAGGAGGAGAUUUCCUUGCAGCGGGUUGUAAUUAGCGUCCUGCUUUCAAGAAGUUGUGACUCGCAACUCGCAGUUGCCACAUCACCCAAUUGUCAAAAAGUCUACGUAAAAAAAAGACAACAUGCGUUUAGGACUUUGGGGGGUGUUUUUGGCUUUGACGGAAAGUUGUUGGUGCGCACCACAGCAGACCUGCUAUCCAGGAGACGAACUUUUGGGAAGAUGCAAUAACAAUGUGACCGAAACAAAACCUACCUGCACAGAGAUGCAUCUGAGCUACUGUAAUGAUGUGGGAUACACUAGAACAAUGUUUCCCAACAUCCUCGGCCAUCAAACCCGCAUGGAUGCCGAAUCGGGGGCAGAAUACCUCCUCCUGAGUGUCAUCCAUGGCCUGCUGAACGGAGAAUGCACCCCUGACAUCCGUCUGGUGGGCUGCUCAGUUCUCGCGUCUCCAUGCCAGGAUGACAAGAUUAUCAGACCCUGCCGCAGUACGUGUGAGGCCCUAAGGAAGGACUGUGGCCACACUUUUGAGGCCAUAGACAUGGCCUGGCCAUACUUCCUGGAUUGUGACCGCUUCUUUGCAAGCGACCAAGAGGGCUGCUUUGAUCCACUGGCGGCGUUAAGAGCCAGACAGGAGCAAACAAGGUCCAGCCUCUCACCAGAUAAGCCCAGCACCAUCAUCCAGUUCACCCACACCAGCAACAGUCAGAUGUACAGCUUACUGAAGAGGACAGCAGCCAAGUGUUCCCACAUCUCGCAUGUUUACAGCAUCGGCCGCAGCACAGAGGGCCGGGAUUUACUGGUCAUUGAAUUCAGCAACAAUCCUGGACAGCAUGAACUAUUGGAACCAGAAGUCAAGCUGAUUGGCAACAUGCAUGGCAAUGAAGUGCUGGGCCGGCAGCUGCUCAUCUACUUGGCUCAGUACUUGUGUUCGGAGUAUACUUUGGGAAACCCACGCAUACAAACCCUGAUCAACACCACCCGCAUUCACAUCUUGGCCUCCAUGAACCCUGACGGCUACGAACUUGCUGCUGCAGAGGUAGAGGAUAGAAAUGACCCGGAGCUCACCAACCACGAAGGUCACUUGAUGAACGGUUGGAUUAAUGGCCGCACAAACGCCCAGAACCUUGACCUGAACCGCAACUUUCCUGAUCUCACAUCUGUCUUCUACCGGAAUCGUCGCAGCAAGCACUACCGCACUGACCACAUCCCGAUUCCUGAUGGCUAUUGGUUUGAGAAGGUGGCACCAGAGACCUUUGCAGUGAUGAAGUGGAGCAGGUCAAUUCCUUUUGUCCAGUCAGCCAGCCUCCAUGGAGGUGAGCUCGUAGUCUCUUAUCCCUUUGACUACUCCAGACACCCACAGGAUGAGAAGAUGUUCUCACCCACUCAAGAUGAACGGGUGUUUAAGCAACUGGCUCGUACCUACGCAGACGCCCAUACCACCAUGUCAGACACUGACACAGACAGGUGUGGGGCACGCUUUUACCGAACUAAGGGCAUCAUCAAUGGGGCACUGUGGUACAGUUUUCCUGGAGGCAUGUCAGACUUUAAUUAUCUGCACACAAAUUGUUUGGAGAUCACAGUAGAGCUGGGCUGUGACAAAUUCCCCUCGGAGGUGGAGCUUUACCCCGAAUGGAAGCGGAACAAAGAAGCUUUGCUCAAAUUUGUAGAGUCGGUUCAUCGGGGGAUUAAAGGGGUUGUAAAGGAUGUCGAUGGCAAUGGGAUCAAAGAUGCCACCAUCGCUGUCAAGGGGAUUCGGAAAGAUGUCACCACGGAUGAAGGUGGAGACUACUGGCGUCUGCUUACCCCCGGUACUCACAUUGUGACAGCAACUGCCAAAGGUUACUCCAGGGUCAGCAAACGGGUUCAUCUGCCUCAGAACCUGAAAAAGGCUGGACGGGUGGACUUUGUCUUAAAGAAGGUUCCCCUGAAGCCUUUUAUUGAUGACCACUUCUUCCCCAUGACAGAGACAUGGGAUCGAUUUGACCCUUACAAUCAGUUUGAACGCUACACCGAGCCGGAUGUAGUUGAGGGGGGGAUCGAGCGGCAGACAAAACCAUGGUGGUGGUCUUACUUCUCCCAGUCUGGCAUCUCAGCUCCAAACUGGCUGCUGCGAAGUGUCUAAAUUCACUGUACCACUGUAAAACGAUCUUUGGAUGCAUUUUUGGGGGGGUCAGCUGAGAUGUAUUAGCAUUGAACUCAACACCACAUGCACGGCUUUUGAACAGACUUGACUUGGCAAAACUAUUUUCAACCAGGCAUUAAAUUCUAGUGAGCAUUUGAAGGCGAUGACAUCUGAAAAGAAUGACAUGCACUAUUAUGAUGACAGACACAUAUGUAUUGGCAGCUGCAUAAAAUGUGCUCAUUUUGUUUUUACAGUCUAAUGGUUAUUCCUUAUGUUUUGUGCGCAUUUUCUACAACAUCCAAGUCACAAAAGCCUGGAAGCGUAGCAGCCUUUUUUAUAUUGAGCACAACACUGACAUUUGUCCUCCUAAUUAGCAGUACUAACGUUAUGCCACUUAAAGAGAUGCUUUGCUUUGUUUUCUAUAUAAAAAAUAAAACAUGCAAGAUACUU